AUGGAACCAAGCAAUAAUGUAUCUCGGGCAGUCACAAAAAUCCUCAAGAAGAAGCUGGAUCGUGAAGGACAUGAUUGGAAGUCUGUUACACCAGAGACAAAGGACUUCUAUUGGGAGGAAUUUAAGCGCAAAAAUAUCCCGGUAUCUAUUUGGGAAAGCUGGGAGCCUCAUUGGGAGACAGAGGAAUUCAAAGCCAAGUCCGCACAAUGCUCAAAAAAUCGCCUAAGGGAGAAAGGUGGCGAAGGAUCUGGCCCCUCACGCCAUACAGGAGGCUCCAGAACUCACCGAGAACAUGCAAGACAAUUGGCUAAACUACUAGGAAGACCGCCUCAUCCACAUGAGCUUCUAAGGAAGACACAUGUCAAGGCUAACAAUGAGUUUGUAGACCAGAAGUCCGAGAACACAUAUGAUGCAAUUAUGUCUGAGAUUGCAUCUGCAUCUCAACCUGAAAAUGGAGCCAGUGUGUCACCAUCAGUUGAUUUCUCACAAAUUUAUUUGGAUGAAGUUGGAGGGGUUAAGAAGAAGCACAUUUAUGGUCUUGGUUAUCAAGCACCUUUCUACGGACAUGUUGGUUCAUCCUCUGCUUCAACAUCUCGACCUCCAAAUAUUGACUUCAAUGCUCGGGUGAAUGAAUGUGUCGGACAACGAAUGCAAACAAUGAAGGAAGAGAUGAAGAAUGAGAUGAGAUCAGAGAUCAGGGAAGAGAUUAGACAAGAAAUGGGAGUCGAAAUGGAACAAGAAUUGCGUGAAGAAAUGGGACAGGGAGUGCAACAAGAGGUGCAUGAGCAAGUUGAUCAAAUACUCCAAGAACGUAUGUCACGCAUCAUAGCUGGCUUACCUACACCUCCUUCUCGUAAACGUGACUCGUGAAAUAAUGACAAGAGUCUUAUUUAGUUUAUUUUAGAGUCGUUUACAUUUGAUACAGUUUGGAUGGUUUAUUUUAACUUCAUAUGGAUGUUAUUGUUAUAAAAUAUC